AUGUCAAAGUCAUUUUUGAUCGGCUUUGGCUUAUUGGCUAUUGUCACCACAAUUUUACAGUUUUGUCCGCUUCCUAUCUCAUUUAAUCUCCUCUGCUUUUCACUGGUUCCUAUUUACAUCGGGUCAAUGCGGUCAAGAAAAUUAUCCCCAUUCUACCAUGGCUCUAAUGAAGAAGAACAAGAAAUCGAGCCCCUUGAUGCUGCUGAAGCUUUGAGAUUUCCAUUGGUGGCUGCAGCUGUUCUUGUAGGCCUUUAUGUCUGCAUCAAAUAUAUCAAUCCAGAAUUGGUCAAUUUCCUUCUAUCAAUAUAUUUCCUUAUCAUAGGAAUUUACUGCUUAAAAUCAUAUAUUUACAUUUAUUUCAAGAACGUAAAAUAUUGUGAAAGCACUUUUAAAUGGACCAAAACUAUCUGCAUCCCUUAUUUUGUCCCUAAACCAGAAAUCCUCGAAGUUACUAACUUCCUCCCUAGAACAAAACCACUUGAAAAACCCUAUUUUUUGGCUAAAAGAAGAAGCAAACAUUUUUUAUAAAAAAACAAAAUAAUAUAUGAAGAGAUAAUUAUUAUAAUGAAAUCUCUAGAAAAUUCUGUUGAAUUUAAUCAAUUCAAAUUUUAAAAGAUAAAUAUAGGAAAUUUAAUUUAAUUUUUACUUUUCAAAUGUUCUUGCUCACUCACAGAGGGGAUUAAGCAAGACAUAAUUUCAUAUUUAAUUGCUACACCUGUAGGCCUACUAUAUAUUUUUACAAAAAAUUGGGUCCUCAACAAUGUAUUUGGAAUUGCUUUUACCAUUCACGCAAUAGAAAAUAUGCCUUUAGGAUCAUUUAAAGUUGGCUAUGGGCUUUUAGCAGGUUUAAUCGUAUAUGAUGUUUUCUUUGUAUUCGGUACUGAUAUCAUGAUAACUGUAGCAAAAUCAAUUGAUGGACCUAUUAAGCUGCUGUUCCCUAAAGCUACUGGAGAUUUUUCUAUGAUCGGACUUGGUGAUAUUAUUUUACCUGGGAUUUUUAUAGCAUUAGCUCUCCGCUAUGACUUAUUCAGAGAAAAUAAGAAAGAAAUGAAAGAGCAAAAGCUUUAUUUUUUCACAACUGUUGCAGGAUACGCAAUAGGGAUUUUGAUGACUAAUUUAGCAAUGGUAUUGAUGGAAAAAGAGCAGCCAGCACUUUUAUAUUUAGUUCCUAUGUGUUUACUAUCAACUGGAGUUAUGGCAUUGAUCAAAAAAGAAAUCCCAAUGCUAUGGAAAUACAAGGAAGGAGAAUAA